AUGUCGCUGUUCAUCGUGGAACGCAACUUUUCUACAGGUCAAAAGAGCGAAGACUGUAUUCCUGAAUACCAGGGAACUGAAUCCCAUUAUCUGUUGGACUUGGGUGGCAUCCAAAACAUUAUCACUAUGAAGCGCCUAAGCCUUAAAAGAAGGCCCAGAGGGGUUCUCAAUGAUGUGGAAAAAACACAGAGUGGUGUUUCAAGUGGCCCGGUGCAUUCUGCCGAGUCCCUGUCAUUGCCUGGCAAUGAUGACACGAGAUUACUGGGCAUGUCUUCUUCGGCCAAAGGUCGACCUCCGCUACCUCCGCCACAUAGUUCCUUACUGGAUGACAGACGUUCCAAGGGUGAAGGUCCAGGCAACUCUCAGAGACAUGCAGAACCAAAACCUCAACAAACUGAGAGAAACGCAGUUUCACAAAGACCAAGCCCUGGCAUAGAACAGACAGUCUUGGAGACUCAUAAACACAUAAGCCAACCUCCCCCUCAACCUCUUCCCCGUCGCCGACUAGCUAGUUUUGGAGGCAUAAGCCCUUCUGGGUCACACUCACCCUUCACAGGCCUGGGUGCAUAUAAUCAGAACAACAAUGGCAACAAGCCUGAUGAUGACAUGAGUGCCCACCUUACCUCAUCCCUCGGAAGUAGAGGCAGCACCGGGUGCCUGAAGUUGAGCCCACAGAGUUCUGGCAGAAAUACUCCAGUUACAAGCCUUGGGUCUAUGCACCUACAACAUGUCCGUGAUCAGAUGGUGGUAGCUCUAAAAAAGCUAAAGGAGUUGGAGGAGCAGGUGAAAAUCAUUCCUAUUCUUCAAGUCAAAAUAUCUGUUCUCCAGGAAGAAAAGAGGCAGCUGGUCUCUCAGCUCAGUGACAGCAAGAGUAUAAACGACACGAGCUGGAAAACAUGUCUUGGAGAAGAUGGGAUUGACUUUGAGAAUAAACGGCACACUGAAGCAGAGUCCAAAGGCACCAAUGAAAAUGUUUAUACUGACUUUAGAGAGUUCAGGGAACUCACUGAAGAGAUGCAGGCAUUGGAAAGAACCAUCAAAGGAGGACAUAUGAUUUCAUGGCAAGAAAAAGGGCAUAGUCUAUUGCACAAAAAUACUACUAACUCUAUUGGCAUUAAAAUUGACAUUGAUACGAAAAUGACUUCAUCUAAAACCAAUGAAGAAAACAAGUCUGUGCACACAGACCGAGUAGAAACCAGAUCCAUUGCAACAGAAGUGACUGAAGUCAGUCUUGGAAUUCACACAAAACAUGAAGCAGAGCUUGAAGCCCAGCAACUACUAAAUGCUGCCUUAAAGGAGAGGAUUUCCCAGUUAGAAACCGAGUUAGAAGAAUCAGCUCUUCAGACAGAGUUGACCCGUCUAAAACUGGAACUUCAGGCAGCAGGAGCCAGGAACCGUGUUGACAAGACCUGCUUUGCUAAGCCACACACUGCAAGUGUAGGCACAGCAACAAGUCCGUUCACUCAAAGUCAGGGAGUUGGUAAUCACAAAGAGUUUCAAGAUGCCAGCACUGGUGAAGCAACAGAAACAAAAACUGUGGGGGUGUCUUGCAAGCCUAAAAUGACGGAUAUUUGUACAGGCCUAGAUGUGCCCAUGAGCCACUGGGAGAUUAGGGAGAGAGUGGAGACCAGUGAAAAAGCUGUUGGGAUACAAGUUUUCACAAGCACAGUGGGAGUUGGGACAGAUAUAAAGCUAUCUGAUGCUGAAAGCAACACAGAGUUACCACUAGAAAAGCUAGUGUGUCAGAAAAAAAAAGAGAAGUGUCAUUCUGUUGCUUGUGGGGCCUACUCUGUUGACUUGACUAUUUGCGAGUCAAAGGAAAUGAUUUCCCAAGGUAUUACCACAGAUUCAAUCACAACAGUCGAUCAGGGAAUACUGGCAUUGCCCCAAAUGGCUUCCCAGCGUACCAAUACAGUAUCCAGUUCAGUGUCUCGCUUCACCAACACCAGUCAAACCUUCAGCAAUGACUCCAGCACUAACACACUCCUCAGCAAGCAUGACAAGCACACCAACACCAGCCACACGUUCACUCGGACCAUAUCAGUUGGCAGUGGGGUUGGAGGGAUUAUUUGCACAACGGAAACCCGCACAGUUGGUGUAAAUACAGCAAAUUCAGAGUGUUAUUCAAAACUACCACCAGACACAGUGAACAAGGCAACCCGAGAUUGUGGUGUUGGGUUAACAAACAUUUAUGAGAAUUUCCUUGUGGGACUAAAAACACGCAACAUGGCCUCCGGACCAUCUCACAUUCCUGACCCUAUCAGGACAAGGAGCAUAGGUGUAGGCGAAGGUAGGAUACGGGAUUUUUCUAUGUCAUCUUGCGCACCUAAGCCAAAGUUCCAGCAGCCUUCCCAAUUUCAAUGGGAUCACGAACUGAACCAUUACAUAGAGAAGAUGCACAGGCUCUUCAAGGAGCACGGAGACCUUCUCACAGGGGACCAAAGUGACCAUUACCCCAGCUCCAAACCACUGAGCAAUAUCAAAAGUAUGGCAGAAGGAGAGGCAGUUAUACAUCGAUUCACCUCUCAUCCAACAGAUUUGCUUUCCCCAUCUCAGCCUUUAAAUGUCGCCAAAGAACACUCAGACGUCUCCCAACAAGACGGUAAUGAAUCAGAGGUGAAGAAAAUGAUAAAAAUGUUGGAGCAACAAGCAGCCUCCACAGUUCAAGACAGGUCAGCUAAUGCCUCUAAGCCGUGGUCUGCCAUGAAGAAACAGGGUGCGGACCAGUGCCACAGGAACAGGAAAAGCAUGAAAUUUAUGAAGGUGUCUGCAGGAUUGGAGCCGACAUCCGCUUUCGAGCACGAGGAAAGAGAAGGAAGAGGAAGCGACACCUUUGGAAAGGUUUCCCGAGAUGGAUGGCAAGCAAAAAAAGGAAAAGAUGGCUCCAACAAAGGAUCAAAAGGCAGUUUGAAAUCAUCUAGACAACACAGAUGCAAUCUAAGUGAAAGGAUGUUUUCUGCGUGCCAAGAUUUAAAGAUGCACCUGAGCGAGAAUCUGGCCAUGUCCAGCAGAGAAUUGCAGGAUUGCCUAUGCUCGCUCCAGCAAGAGUGGUUCUCCGUUUCCAGCCAGAAGUCGGCCGCUCCUGACACAGUAGAGGAGUACUUGUCUGCGUUCCGGAGGAUUUCACCCUCAGUGUUGCAACACGUAGUCAACAUGGCUGAUGGCAAUGGAAACACAGCGCUACACUACAGCGUGUCUCACUCCAACUUUGGUGUUGUCAAGAAAUUGCUUGAUGCAGAGGUGUGCAACGUGAAUCAGCAGAACGCAGCGGGUUACACUCCCGUGAUGCUGGCUGCUCUCGCCGCCGUGGAGCAUCCUGGCGACAUGAGGGUGGUUGAGCAGCUCUUCUCCAAGGGCGACGUCAACGCCAAGGCCAUCCAGGCUGGUCAGACGGCUCUCAUGCUGGCUGUGAGCCACGGCAGGCUGGACAUGGUUCGGGCUCUCCUGGCGCAGGGGGCAGAGGUCAACGUCCAGGACGACGAGGGCUCCACGGCGCUGAUGUGCGCCAGCGAGCACGGCCACGCCGACAUCGUCAAACUGCUGCUGGCGCAGCCCGACUGCGAUGCCACCCUGACUGACAGCGAUGACAGCUCGGCCCUGUCCGUUGCUUUGGAAGCUGGUCACAACGACAUUGCCGUCCUGCUUUACGCCCAUGCCAACUUCUCCCGAUGCACAGCGGGAGCAGCUCGACACAGCGGCAGGUUUCCCUCGUCCUCAGGGGGAUGGAGCAUCUUCGAAACCUGAAGGGAUUUUCAUCAUUUUUACUCUUGAAGCCCUAGCAACAAACCGACAGUGUUAUGUUUUGUUUUUUUCAUCUAUUGGCACGUUGAUAUAUAUAUUUUUUGACUGUGCAUAUUUGCACUACAUAUUCACAUGGCAACGUAGUUAACAAUUUGUCAAUAGAUUAGAUCAGUUUCAAUCAAUACAAUUAAGUAUUUGUAUUUUCAUUUUAGAAAAUAUUUACUUUAAUAUAAUGCAACUUUUAUCUGACGGCAUGAAAUUAUUUAAAGCAUUUAUCAUAUACUAACAUUAGCAUCUUUUCCCAUUCUCAUAUUAUUUAAACAUGAUACCAGAACCACAUGAUUAUAAGUUAUUAAGUGUUUGUUGUUUAAAAUGUAAUUUUGUGUUUCGUUU